AUGGAUGAGGAGGUUCAGGAAAAGCAGCUUUUGGCCGAGGAAGAAGAUGGAAUGGAGCAGCUUGUAGCUGAGGAAGGACUUGAAGCAGAGCAGCUUGUACCUGAGGAGAGCUUAGCCAUUCCAACUGGCCCAUUCACUCGUUCGCGGACUAAGGCACUAAACCAAGCAAUUGGCAAAGUCCUUAGCACCUUGAACCAACAAGAACACAAGCUAACCACUUUGGAUUGCUGCAACGGAUCAAUUGUGAAUUCGAAAACCCACAUGACGGAAGAUUCCGUAAUGCUCCCUCGGGAAUCAACCGGUAACCGAGGAGACGAUAUUGCGAAGGAGGCAGUCGCUGUAAAGGACAACAGUCGGCGCUCGAAAUCCGUCGAGAACGACGAUGAGGGUCCAUCCACAUCGACGAUUCCGCCAAUCGAUGCCGGUGAAAGUACCGAACCCUCUGGAAACAGAAACGUCCCGGAAUCGACUAGGAACGUAAUCUGGAGAAACCCUCCCAAAGAGGGUUUUCGCUGUGGAUUGCUAUCCGGAGCCAGGGCGGAUGAACAUAUAUUCGAAAGCCAAUUUCAUUGGACGCGUCGCCGCAGCAUUAGCCGGAACACCGGCCCUGAAAACAAUUCUCGAUCUCAGUUCAAGCACCUGUUCAUGUUGCCUGUUGGUAGAUGUUCUAAUUCCGGGAAACUCAUCCACGCAAUACUGGCGAGGCAGCUGGUAACAAAGAGGAAAUACGAGAUCUGGUCGGUCUUUGGAGGGAAGCCAUUCAGGUUCUCCAUCCGGGAAUUCGAACGUGUAUCGGGUUUGGUGUGCUCUAGACUUCCCGAAGGCCACACAAUCCACCUGCAGUACCAAAGGAACGGUCGAGUACGUGGAAAGAGCUAUUCGGAAGGAAUUGUAAACACACGGUGUCAUCCUUGGCAACAAGCCACCGAAAUCACACCCUCAUACGUGGAUAUGCUUGAAGAUGUAGAGAAGUUUCUACAAUUCCCGUGGGGGCGGUUAUCAUUCAUUAGAACCCUAUCCCGUUUCGGACCAGCACCGCUAUCACCUUUAAAUCCAAACCCUAUUAAGGAACUAAAACAGAGGUUGAGGCAGCAAACCUCCGCAUGCUACGGAUUUCCAUUAUCACUGCAGCUGGUAGCUUUUGAUGCCAUCCCACUACUGGUAGAGAAAUUGCCGGAUCCGAAAAACACCGCCACAUUUUUGGAAGACCCAUUCGCCUGUGAGACCCCUAUUGUUCUGUUGCAAUCGGAGGAUAUCCUACAUGUAGAGGAGAACCCUAACCUGACUGUUCGAGUGGACGUCACAGAAGGCGAUAACGCAGACCCGAGUGGGAUGAUGAGGUUCACGACGACGGAGUCGAUAGGAUUGUUCACCUCAGGAAGAUGGACUCAGUUGAGGCGAGAUGAAAAGGUCUCCGGAACCGAUGCCGGAGAACCAAAGCGCCGGCUAAACCGGCGGUCUGAAAACAUCCGUGCAAAAACAAAUGGGCAUUCUGAAGAAGGAGAGGACGUCCGAUAUAUGGACGUCGAUGCUGUGAACUUGUUGGGCGCGACUGAGAAGGAAGGCAAAUCCCUUAGAAGGUCCAAUAAGCUUAAAAGAAAGGACAACUCGGACGAUGGUUCACCGGAUCUCCGCUCGCUUGACGUCUCCCGUCAAAUCACCGUCCCAAAAAAGAAACGGAAGGUGUUGUUCAUUCUCCCUACUGUUGCGGAUGACUGA